UUUCUAACUUGAAAAAGAACCAAAAACUAAUAACGCAAUGUUGGACUUUUCGAGAAGGCCUGUAGCGUCGUCUGCUUCGGCUUCGAGUGAGCAACGUUUUAGUAAUGUAUCAAGAAAGUAAUUAAAUCAAAAAUAAUUUUGUGUCAUUGCUGAUCAAAAGUUUCAGGAUGGCAACUGUUAAAAAGUAUCUUAAGCUGGCUGAAGCCGGUACUGAGUACUCCCGAAAAAUGAACUUGUUGAGCAACCGGAUAUUUGGAGAGGUCACUCGUCCAUCAUCGUUCCCCAUGUUGAAGAUUACAGAUAGACUGAAAGUACUGCCUCUACACAAGGACCCUGAUAUGAUUGACUAUUAUCAUCGCCUACCAGAAGCUCAUUACUUGUUCGUGUUUCUUAGAAAUUAUGGUUUGUUCAGAGAUGAACAUGCAGACUUUACAGAUGAAAUGAAACGUCUGCGAAAGCUCAGAGGAAAAAUUCGGGAAGUUCCAUGGUUCAAACCAGAUCCUAAUCGACCAACCAAAUUUGCUUCAUUAAAAUUAAAAUAGAGAUUCUGAUUGUUGUAAUGCUUUUUGUAUAAAUUUGCCCACCAGAAAGUCUACACUGUUAACUAGUAAAAUUCAAAUCAAAUUGGACAAUUAAAUAAAAAUUGAAAUUUAAA